AUGGUAGAUUUUAUGAUAUCAACAAAACUUACGAAUUCCAAUGAAUUAAUAUCCCGAUUAGAAUCGUUACCGUCCUAUGGAAAUCUAACACAAAACACUGAUGAACCUGCACUUUUCGAUGAUGAACAAGAACCUCAAUCGGGUUUAAUAGACUUUAUUCGACGAAAUUCUGUCGCCGAACCAUCGACAAUAGACUCUCCAAAUAUCACAGGUACUGAAGAUUCAAUUGAGGAUGAUAUAACAACAAAUGAAACAGCAUCCACUCCAAUAACUGCAACUAAUAGCACCGAUGAACUUCGUAAUCAAGAAAAUGACGAUAACUAUGAAUUACAUUUAAAUCUACUUAAAAGUCGAGUUAAACAUUUGUUUAUUCUGAGUGAAAAUGGAAAGCCAGUUUUUACAAGAUACGGUGAUGAGGAUCAAUUAGUAACAUUAAUGGGCGUAAUGCAAACGCUUGUUUCAUUUGCUGAAAUAGCCCAAUCAAGCCGAUUGAAUUAUUUAAAAGCGGGCCCUUGUCGUAUAGCAUUUUUACAUCGAGAACCAUUUGUUUUUGUCUUAGUCACACAUACCAAUGAACAUUCAAUGUGUCUUCUUCAACAAUUAACAUACGUAUAUCAUCAAAUAAUAAGUACAUUGACAUUAAGUCGUAUAAAACAAAAAUUUAAUGUACAGCCAAAUUUUGAUAUACGCCGUUGGUUAUCAAACGCAGAAAGAAAAUUAUUACAUAAUAUUAUUGAUAUGUAUGAACAUGAUUUAGGCAUGCUUAUGACAUCGGCUAGAUGCUUAAUUUUACCUGCAAAUAUACGAGGUCAAAUUGGGCAAACUGUUGCGCAAACAAUACGCGGACAACAAGAUAUGUUAUUUGCUAUAAUACUUGCUCAUGGUCAACUUGUUUCAAUAGCACGUUUAAGAAACUAUCAUCUACAUCCAUCGGAUCUGUAUUUAUUGAUUAAUCUUGUUAAUAGUACAGAUGCGUUUAAAGGUGUUGAAUCAUGGGUACCAGUAUGUCUACCACGAUUUGACCCUGGAGGUUGUUUUCAUGCGCAUAUAUCGUAUUUAGAUGAUAGUUGUGAUGUAUGUCUCGUUUUAUUAACUGUUAAUCCCGAACACUUUCAAAUACUUUCUGAUUUUAAACAAGUUAUUCUUGAAAAAUUACGAAAACAAAAUUUAACUAUACAAAUAAAACUUGCAUUAGAUAAAACUCGACUUUUAACAGAUGAAAUUGCUUGUAGUGAUUUGCGAUAUUUUGCCUAUAAAUCACGUGGUUUAAGUCAAUAUAUAUCAUCGAAAUUAUUACAACCUUAUGUAACCAAUGAACAACAUGUUAGAUUAUUUGAAUUGAUUCGUUAUGUUUACGGACGUCUUCAUAAUUGGAAUCACAAUUUAAAAAUUGUCUAUUUCAAAGCCGAAUACGAAUCUUUACUUGCAUGGUUGGCACCAGGAUUUGAAUUACAUGUAGUAUUUUCACCGUAUGUAACGCUGGAAACAGUCACUCAAUGUACUGAUCGUAUAUUGUCAUAUAUAAAACGUGAAGAGAGUCAAUUAUUUAUAAUAAGGUGCGAAUACUUUUGA